AUGUCUAAAAAUACUGGAGAAAUGACACGAUCUUCCUCUCUUAAAUUCAAACUAAAACUUGUAGCGACAUCAAAACCUCUUUCAACAUCAGAAUUACUAAAACGAUUAAAAAGUUUAUUUGGAGAAUUAUCUACAAUGGAACAAGAAGAGGUUGACCAAAAUUCAUUAAAAAGUAUAACUCAUGAUCUUAUAAAUAAAAGUUUGAUGGGGCAUAAAGAUAAUGGAAUAAAGGCCUAUGUAGCAUGUUGUAUUUCUGAUUUAUUGAGACUUUAUGCUCCUGAUGCUCCUUACACAGAUCACGAAUUGAGAGAAAUUUUUGUAUUUUUUGUCCAACAACUUCAAAAUAUUGGAAAAAUAGAUGGUCCAUAUUUUGAUUUAUAUUUCCAUUUACUGGAAAAUUUGUCAACAGUAAAAAUUGUUUUAUUAAUUCUUGAAUUACAAGAUUAUGAAGAAAUUUUAAUUGAGUUAUUUCAAUUGUCAAAUAUAGUUUAUUCGCAUAUGGUAGAUAUUCUUGAACAAUUAAUCAAUGACGGUAAUGCUCUACCUCAGGAUGUGAUUGACAUUAUUCUGGCACAAUUUUUAAGAAAAAGAAAGGAUGAAAACCCAACAGCAUAUAGAUUAGCAUGUGAUGUUUGUAGGGCAGCAACUGAUAAACUUCAACGAUAUGUUUGUCAAUAUUUUACAGAUGUGAUUGUAGCAGCAGAAAAGACGGGGACAUCAGCUGAUGAAUUGAAUGAUUUUAAAACUGCACAUGAUCUUAUCAAGGAAUUAAAUAGAGUGGCUCCUGGUUUAUUACUUAAUGUGAUACCGCAACUGGAAGAAGAGUUAAAACUUGAUGACUUAAAUUUGAGAAUGCUUGCAACACAAGUACUUGGCGAAAUGUUUUCAGAGAAAGAUUCCACUUUGGCUAGUAGAUAUGACAGUGUAUGGAGAACGUGGCUAUUAAGAAAUACUUACAUAAUAGUUUCAUUACUUAAAAGGCGGAAUGACAAGGUGGCUGAUGUUAGGUGUACAUGGGUAGAAUUUUGUUUGCCAUUAUACACCAAUCAUCAUGAAUUAGCGGAUCAAAUUAAUGAGGCGAUUAUUACCAAAUUAUCAGAUCCUGAUGAUAAAGUUCGAAUAGCUGUUUGUAGAGUUUUUUGUCAAUUAGAAUAUGAAUGUGCUUCAAAACAUGUCAAAAAAGAUUUAUUUAUCGAACUUGCUAAACGCUGUCGCGAUCGUAAACAUGGUGUCAGACAAGAAGCUAUAAAGGCUUUGGCCCGUUUAUAUAACAUGGCAUAUUUGGAAAUUCUUGAUAAUGAAGCUAAUGCACCUGAAAAAUUUGGAUGGAUUCCUUCAGAAUUAUUGAAUACUAUAUAUACAAAUGACAAUGAGAUUAUUGCAUCUGUAGAAAAUGUUUUGCAUGAAGAGAUAUUGGCAUCUAAUAAUGUGGAAUCAACCAGAAUGGAUCGACUUCUUGUUGUUUUUGGUUCACUUGAGGCAAAGGCAAAGAAAGCUUUUUUUUCAAUUCUUCAAAGACAAAAAGAAACAAUUAAUGAUAUGGAAAUAUAUUUAAACUUGUGUGAAAAUUCUAUGGACGUUGAGGUAGAUGGUGAUGCAGAUAAAGCAGAUGAUAUGUUGAAUCAAACAAUUAAUCGAAUUGCAGGAAAACUUCCAGAUCCAUUGAAAUCGGUAAACCAUCUUUCAUCGUUCCCAAAAUUGAAUAACAGUCGUAUUUACAAAUUGAUAAGAGGUUGUAUGAAUCCUACCUCAGAUUAUAAAACUGUGAAAAAAUCUGCGAAAGAUGCAUUAAAAUGCAUUGAACAACUGUCACCCUCUUCAGCUGAGACAUUUUCUACCCUAAUACGUCGAAUUAGUCUAACCAUAAUUAAUAGGGAUUUGAUAGCAUUGCUUUUAGAUAAAAUUAGAUCUAUGGAUACUUCUAAACAUAAUGGCGAUUCUAUUAUUGCACACGAAUUAUUUAGGGAAACAUCUCACCGGUUUCCCGCUAUAUUUAAACCCUACUUUCAUGAAUUGACAGAUUUAGCCAUUAAUGAAGAUGAUGAAACUACAGAACGUUUUAUGAAAUUAUCACUUGAAGGAACACCUAAACAAGCCAAAUUUGCUACUAUUAUUUUAGGUCAUGUACGACAAAAAGAUCAAUUGUGCAGUGAAUUGUUAAAUAACAUCGUACCAAACCUUUCUGUGAGGUCUGAAUAUAUAUUAUCAAAUCUUUCAGCACUCAGUCAAUGUGUUCUUUAUGCACCUAUUGUAUACGAAGAGAAGAGUGACUCGAUAACUAAUUUUAUUGUUAAAGAGAUAUUAAUGAAAAAUUAUCAUAAAGCAGUUCCAGGAGAUGAUGUUGAAUGGGUAGAAGAUCAUGUAAUUGACGAUGAAUGUAAGGCAAAGAUAAUGGGAUUAAAAGUACUGGUGAACCGUUUACUGACAGUUUCUGAUAGAGAGGUAGCAGUCGAGUUGGCUAAACCUAUUUUUAAAUUAUUUUGGAAUUUAAUAAGGGAAGGCGGUGAAUUACUUGGUGAUAAAUCAACAAGACCUUCAUUUCGGAGUAGAUUAAGAUUGGCAGCUGUUCACAAUUUAUUGAAGCUGGCACAUAAAAAAAUAUAUAAUUCAAUGAUAUCUGUUGGAGAAUUUCAAGAAUUGGCAUUCAUGAUACAAGAUCCUUGUUACCAAGUGAGAUUUGGAUUUGCUUCAAGGCUUGUUAAAUAUUGUGCAAGUUAUCUUCUACAUGCACGAUUCUUGUCUAUAUUUUUUUUAACUGCACAUGAUCCUGCGCACGAAAUUCGUGAUAUGGUUAAAGUUUUUUUGACAAGACAAUCUCGUGCAACUGGGUCGAUCCGUGAUAAGAAUCUGUUGUUUGAGAUGUCUUUAGUUAGAUUGAUUCAUCUCCUUUCCCAUCAUCCUGAUUUUUCGCACGAAUUAAAUGUCCUUUCUGAAUUCAUAGUUUAUAUAGAUUUUUUCUUAAAUACAAUUGCAGAUUCGGAGAAUAUUUCAUAUUUGUUUUGUCUUGCAGGAAAAUUAAAACAAGUUCGCGAUAAACAAUCAUUAGAACAGAGCGAGAAUUUAUAUUUAUUGAGUGAUUUGACUCAACAUCUAAUAAGAGCCAAAUGUAAAUCUUUUUCUUGGCCAUUAACUGAUUUUCCUGGAGACGUCAAUUUACCUAAUGAUUUAUUUAGCAAACUAUCAAAUCCCGAGAUUAUAUCACAGGUUAGUAGCGCUAAAUCUACCAACACUGAUAGACCAUAUUUAGAUAAUUCUUGGGAAAAAUGA